GGGAAGGAGCUUGGGGGAAUGGAGAGACAAGUUGUGCGAAGUAUCGUGUUUCGGAGGGUGUCAGGCACUCUCACUUGAGUGAUCCCUUCCUGUGAAAAAACUCUGACAACUGCUCACUUUGUUUUUAACCUGGGGCGUGCGUGUGGUGUGAGGGAAAAUUUUAGCUGCUAAGGGGGGGCAGGACAUCAGGACACUCGUAGAGAGGAGGACGUCAGGACAGAUGUGAAGGGACAGUGCGCUGUAUUGAGACGCCGCGGUGUUCCAGCCUCUCUGGGCACUCAUUCCUGGGGUUUGAAUGCAUGUUGGGCUGUAAUUAAGAACUCUUGGAGGCGUACUUAACUUGUGACGUGGUGCUUUUCUUUCCCUCUCGGUGAGAAAGUGGCUCCCUCUUCCCUGAAUCAGGACCUCUGCCAUCCAGACUCACAAAGAGACAUUCUGGACAUAUCUUACACACACGCACACACAAACUUAAGGUGAGCACCAAAAACUUGCUCUGCAUUUUGUGUCCUCCGUUUCCAACUGCUGGGGAGUUUUGAGAGCAUCUUAACUUUGGAGCUCUGGAAAAGAUUCUGACUGACUGGAGAGUCUGUGGAAGUUACCUGCUUGUUACCGUAUCUCAUCAGCAAAAUCCCAUCCACUGGAACUGUUCACAGUGGUGGGCAGCCUGCUGAUCCUGACCAGCCUGAACUCUGCUGCACAGUGAGGUGUUCUCAUGUGAAGAAGAUUCUUUUGGCUAUAAAAAAUGAAGAGUCUACUUUUUCUGGUGCUGAUUUCUAUCUGCUGGGCUGAACAUAUUGGCAACUACACUCUGGAGCAUGACAGAAUUAUUCACAUCCAAGAAAAUGGACCCCGUCUACUUGUGGAAGCAGAACAAACUAAAGUCUUCUCACACAGAGGUGGCAAUAUCACACUACCGUGUAAAUUUUACCGUGACCAUACAUCGGCUGGCUCAGGAACCCACAAAAUUCGUGUCAAGUGGACCAAACUCACCUCAGAUUACCUCAAGGAAGUGGACGUCUUUGUCGCAAUGGGACUCCACCAGAAGAGUUAUGGAAACUACCAGGGCAGGGUGUUUCUGAAAAAAGGCAGUGAAAAUGAUGCUUCUCUUGUAAUCACAGAUAUAACACUGGAGGAUUAUGGGAGAUAUAAAUGUGAGGUGAUUGAAGGAUUAGAGGAUGACAUAGCAGUGGUAUCUCUGGAUUUACAAGGUGUUGUAUUCCCUUACUUUCCACGGCUGGGUCGCUACAACCUAAACUUCCACGAGGCUCAGCAAGCUUGUCUAGACCAAGAUUCUGUUAUCGCCUCCUUUGACCAAUUGUAUGAGGCGUGGAGGUCAGGGCUGGAUUGGUGUAAUGCAGGCUGGCUCAAUGAUGGAUCAGUUCAGUACCCUAUCACCAAACCCAGAGAGCCCUGCGGAGGAAAGAACACAGUGCCUGGAGUCAGGAAUUAUGGGUUCUGGGAUAAAGAUAAAAGCAGAUAUGAUGUCUUCUGUUUUACAUCAAACUUCAAUGGCCGUUUUUACUACCUAAUACACCCAACCAAGUUGACCUAUGAUGAAGCUGUGCAGGCCUGCCUCAAGGAUGGAUCCCAGAUUGCUAAAGUAGGCCAGAUAUUUGCUGCCUGGAAACUUCUAGGUUAUGAUCGCUGUGAUGCCGGCUGGUUGGCUGAUGGCAGUGUCCGCUACCCAAUCUCCAGGCCAAGAAGACGCUGCAGUCCUGAUGAAGCAGCAGUGCGCUUUGUAGGCUUCCCAGAUAAAAAACACAAGCUAUAUGGUGUCUACUGUUUCAGGGUGUACAACUGAAAGUACCUAGAGCACAACAAUUUUAAAUUCAUUAAGAACAUGUGAAAGAUUUUUUUUCAAUACGAACUCAUGCAAGUUACCAAAACUGUGAUAAACCUUUUUUACUUACUGUAAAGAGUCAUUUUCAUAAGUCCAACCCUUUAAUUUGGUUUGGUUUGUUAAUUCAACAGAUAUUUUAAAUUAAUAUAAUUGAAUGAAAGCUCUAGGUAAGGAAGCUUUAGAGCCAAACUCUUUAAGCCACACCAUCCCAACGAAAUAUAUUUUUCAUGAAUGGGGCAUGCAAUAGCUUGACAAUUGCUAGGACUAAAUUAAGGACUGUAAGGCUACUCAAAGCAGAAGCUUUUACAAGCACAAAUUUUACACAUUUGUACCAUUUUGAGAUGCACUACAAAAAUAAAAUUAGAUCUGCAGUUUUGAAAUACGGUAAUUUUUUCUUAACGGGUUCAGUGAGAUUUUGCAAAAUAAAAAAAACACAAAAAUAUUUUCACAGGGGGACAAUAUAUACAGUUUGAUGAAAACAGCAACUCAAACAGUCCACAAAAUAGGACUUGCUUUACCAUUUAAAAUCUUGCCUUUCAGAAAAAUAAGCUCAUACAUGAGCCAAUGCAUAGCAAAAAGCACAACUAGAUCUCCUGAACAUUUCAAUUGUGGUUUUUAUUGUGUGUAAAACAUUGAUGAGUGGGUGAAUAAUUAACUAAUGAGUGAACCCUACUUUCUUCUUAAUUCAAACUGAAGAUGCCUGAGAAGUGUUGUAUUACCUUUGAGUAGCUUUACUGAGUUAUUUUUAAACUCUAAAGGCCAUUUGCUAAGCAGCAUUUAGCAUCUACUCAGGGCAGUUGUAUAGAUGAACUGCUGGACAGACAAAUUGUAAAAUUUAGCAGCUUGAUUUUAUGUUAGCCUUUAAAACGUUAUUGUCUUUAUAAAAAUAACAAAUAUUUCUCUGUUAUUUACACAUCAUGAAAGAAACAUUUGGAAAAACACAUUACAAAUCAAUACAGUCUCUACAAUGAGAAAGAAAAAUCUAGUCCCAACAAGCAAAGAUAAAAAACAAAACAACCCCACCAUAUUUCCUGUUUGUAUGCAUAUUUACGCCCAAUGUAUAUCCCAAUACAAAUAUUACUGUUUCUAAAUCCAUUAAAGAAAAAUAGUAAAUGUGGUCAAUUCCACCUGGUUUUAGGAUUGAUCAUUGUUAAGAUUAAUGGAAAACUCUAGAAAUUGUUAGCAAUUUCACCACAAUCUGCAGAGGUCUGCAUGGGAGACAUUUACCUUUGUCUUCCAGUAUCACAGAAAGAAAGCACUAUGCACAGUGCAUGGAGUUUCCUGAGGGGCUUGGGCACCAAUUCUCAUUAAAUUAAUACCCAGUUCCUCUGAAUUUGAUAUCGGAGGCCAAGAUUUUCAAGAAUGACUAUUGAUUUUUGAAUGCUUCAAUUCUGGGUGCCCAACUUCAGACACCUGAAAGCAGCCUAGUUUUCAAAGAGUGGGUGGCUCAACACUUUCUGAAAAUCAGACCUUAAAGGUAUUUCAAGUUGGGCACCCAAAAAUUGGGCCACCCAAAAUUACUAGUCACUGUUGAAAAUCUUGACCUCUGCAAAUCCGUUAGACAACUAUGAAAUUCCCACCCGUAUUAGUAUCGCUAUUAAAAACAAAGCAAAUGUAGAAGUCUAUUUUCCUACACCAUGUUUUCUGACUAUGAAGAUUUCAGAGGACCAAUAUUUGUAUUAAAUGAGGUUUUACAGUUUCCAUAGCUAAAUGAAAUAUAGUGGUGGUAUCCCAGUAAAACACAGCUGGUAUGCUUUCAUGAAUGUUUUUGUGUAGAUUUUUCCCCCCACAGAUAUGAGUAAAUAAAUCUAUGAUUCCUGAAAUGAUUGUGGUUCCAUUUUAAAUGCAUGGCAGGAUUGUAGUAGAAAGAUAUUGAAUUGGUGAACAUGUUGCCAUUCCCAACAAGUGCAGAAGGCAAAAUUCCUUCCUGGUGAGACCUUUGUGAAAUAUGGAUAUUGGCUCAUACUGUCCAGGUGAAACAAUGUCAUUGAAAAGAAAACUAUAAUAAUAUUUACUUCCACAAGAGCCAGGGUUUCUGGCAACUCAAGCACAAUGUAAUCAUAAGUUAUUAUAACAUAUGCACAAUUAAAAGGCCAAAGCAUACCUCCCUGUAGCCACACACUCUCAAUUCCUUUCCCUUCAGAAGGAGGGCUCAGUUACUUUCAAAGUAUCCCUUCCCCUCCCCCCGCAUACACACUUCACACACAUCCUCACCCCUCCUCACCACUAUUUCUCUUUCUCUCUCUCUCUGCAAAGACUUUUCUGAAGGGUCUGAGGUACAUUCAGGGGAAGGAGUUGGAGAAUGGUUGGGCCGGGGAAGGUGUGGGCAGGACAGGGACCGGAGUAAGGCCAAAGGGAUGCAGAUCAUCCCCCUUCCAACCCAUGGAAAGUAGACCAUAGAAAACGUGGCCGUAUCUUUUCUGCACAGUCCCCUCAAUAGUCCUGAGGGCAGCAAAAGCCAGAGGAAGUCACUCUUAACAUGGUUCCAGUUCCCAAGCAAAUUGUUAGUCCACUUGGAGUGAUGUAAAGCCACAGAACCUUCAUAAAAGUGACCCUGUCCUCCUGUGUGAUCCUUCACAUUUGGGGGAUGUGCAUGACUCUUUCAUAGGGAGACAACUCACCAGACAGCUUUCUGCUGAAGUCAUCUCAGCAACCUCUUUUUCCAGAGCCCUUUCCCACAGAUUUCUUAUUUUGGAGAAAGAGAAUCUGGCCAAGGUUUCUAACUGCAGAAAUGUGAACAUCCAAGUCUAGAUCCUUAGGUCAGGCCAAGAUGCAUUUGGAUCCACACCCAAGUUGGGCAAGUCAGCUUUAUAACACCUUUGCAGCUCCCUGAUUCUGAAGCUAGCCAGCCUCCACCAUAAGUUAGAUUCAGGGCUAUUCUAGUUUGUGCCCCACUACCCAAGCAGCCUUUUUGACAGCCAGAAUGCAGCAGCACAUACAUCCAUGGCCAGGCUCUGUACAUAAGGCGCUAUGAUGCAGCUGGUGGCUAAGCUGGUUCUAUGCCAACCAGAUAUUCCCCCUACAAUAAGGAAAUAGCUAGGUGGACAGAUCCUCAAGUUUUGCAGCACAAAGGAGUCAUAGCACAGAGGAAUUGGGACCCUGGAAUGACAAUGAGCUGUAAUAUGAUCACUGUUGGCCAAAUUCUACCGUUCAUUUACACCUGUGAAACCCCACAGAAUAUAUUCGUGGUCAGGAAUCAAACUCAGACCCACAGCAUUGUGAAGGUCUGUGUGCGAAGUUUAUUAUAUUAUUUAAAGAAAGGCCUGAUGGCUUUCUCAGAAGUAUUCUAAUUGAAUAAGGCUAGUCUUAGCUCACCAGAGAUAUAAUUAUAUCUAUUUAUCAUUAUAAACAGAUAACGUUAAUGGGAUAGUUUGCUGGGAGCACAAAAGUAUGAAGCAGAAAUUAACUACACUGUAAGCAGUUUUAAAGAGAAAAGCAUCCAAUUAUGUGUGAAAUGGGCAUAAAUGAAUAGACAAGAAUUAUAUUUAUUUUUUACAGCUACAGAUGUAGCUCCAUUUCACUUUUAUAAUGUCAAAGUUAGAAAACAGCCUUAACUUUUGAAUAUGUUUGCUAGGUGCUUGGAUCAUAUCUGAAGAGGAUGCUUAAGACCUGUUAAAAAUCUGUGCUAUUUUCUGUUCUUGAGGAUAUAAAACCUUCAUCAUAAGAAUGAAUUCAUGUGCUGUGUUAUUAUCUUGUAUUUCAUAAUGUAUCUGAAUUUUAAUGCCCAUGAAUGACAAUUAAAUCACACUCUUUUCAA